GUACUAGAGCGCCUCGCUGCAAGGUCUUCCCAAGCAGAUCAGAUUAUUAAAGAUUUGACAGAUAAGAUUAUGGAUUUGCGACAGUCUGCAGUUGCUGAAGCGUGUAAGAAGGAAGAGGAAAGCUUACGUCGAGAAAAUGCAGCCCUCAGAAGUGAAGUAGAUGCCUUAAGGAAGCAACUAUGCCAAGCUGAAUCUAGAAAUGGAAGGAGACAAAUCACACUUCCAUCCCAGCCUGCAAAGGUUAAUGUACCAACUGUAGUCCUGGCAACAGCAGACAAUGCAACUGGAGAACCAUCUAAUGAAAAAACAUCUGUUGAGAAACCUAAACAAGAGAAGAAAAAGAAAGAAAAGAAAGAAGCAAAACCUAAAGCACCAGCUGAGGGGGCCCUGCCUGUGGAUAUCUCCAGGAUGAACAUAAAGGUUGGUCAGAUAGUGAAUGUAAAAAAACAUCCAGACGCUGACAGUCUUUACAUUGAGGAGGUCAACCUUGGAGAAGAGAG